AUUUUUUAUUGCGUAUCGAACUCCGAGCACCAUGACUGUUCUCGUUGAACAUUUCACCUCCGGUAAUGUUACAUUGUUUUCUUCUAAUAAAGUAGAGUGGUAAAAAAAAAAAUAAUUAUCCCAAUCGUAUGGUUAGAUUAGUUUUGAACAAUGAUUGUGAGAUUCAUAAACAUACAAAAACUCGUGUUUUCACCGUUUUGUAUUUCUUAAUGCCAAAAUAAUAGUGAUAAUAACAUUAUUGCGUCUCAGAUUAUUGUCGAGAGAUCAUAAAUUAGUUGUUUGAUAAGCUUUUUCUGUUGUUUUGCUUUCAGACAAUAUUGGGUAUCUUUUGGGCGUUCUAGAUAUUGAUAUAUAAUCAAAUCUUCAAUGUAGAUUAAGAUUAGUCACAUACACUAAAACAGAAGACAUGGUUAUUUUUUUAAUUGAUUUUAUGGCGACUAUUAUAGAUUCAGAAAUCGAGGCAAAGAAAAUGAAAGAUGUGAGGGAUGAUGAAUUGUUGUUGGAUGGAGGUUUCGUGGUUCCAAAAUCUAAAGAAGCUGAUGGAUUUGAUGCUCCUGAUAUCAAUUUCUUGGGCCACUCUUUUAGGGAUUAUGAGAAUGGUGCAAGCGAGAGACAACAAGGUGUUGAGGAAUUCUACAGAAUGCAACACAUUCACCAGACUUAUGACUUUGUGAAAGAAAUGAGAAAGGAGUACGGAAAACUGAACAAGAUGGAAAUGAGUAUAUGGGAAUGUUGUGAACUAUUGAACAACGUGGUCGAUGAUAGUGAUCCCGAUCUCGACGAGCCUCAAAUUCAGCACCUUCUCCAAACCGCUGAAGCUAUUCGCAGGGAUUAUCCUAAUGAAGACUGGCUCCAUCUCACCGCUCUGAUCCAUGAUCUUGGAAAGGUUCUGCUUUUGCCAGAGUUCGGUGGUCUUCCUCAGUGGGCUGUCGUUGGCGAUACAUUUCCUGUUGGAUGCGCCUUCGACUCGGCCAAUAUCCACCACAAGUACUUUAAAGAAAAUUCUGAUAAUAACACCCCAAAAUACAACACCAAAAAUGGAGUUUACGGUGAAGGAUGUGGACUGGACAAUGUUCUUAUGUCUUGGGGUCAUGACGACUACAUGUAUUUGGUGGCUAAGGAGAAUGCCACAACUCUUCCUCACGCUGGUCUCUUCAUUAUUCGAUACCAUUCUUUUUAUCCAUUGCACAAGGCGGGGACCUACACACACUUGAUGAACGAUGAAGACAGGGAGGACCUCAAGUGGCUCCAUGUAUUCAAUAAGUAUGACCUAUAUAGUAAGAGCAAAGUUCAUGUAGACGUCGAAAAAGUGAAGCCUUACUACAUUUCACUUAUCAACAAGUAUUUUCCGGCGAAACUAAAAUGGUGA